AUGUCAGAAGCAUCAGCGGCUGGCCCUGCUGCUUCAUCAACACUGCCUCCCAUUCAAAAUCUACGACUCCAGUCACAAGCUCCAGAAGCGUCCUCAAGCUCGACAUCGUCUUCGAAUUCCGGCCGUGGACGCAAUCGUGGAAACGGUCGUGGUCGCGGACGAGCCAAGAACAUUGAUGGCUCGUCUCGUGGCAACGGCUCCAAUGCCAACAUUACAAACGUUGGCGUAGAAAGCGGCCCUUCUCCCGCUCCUGCAGGCUCGACACACGAUGCAUCGAAAACACAAUCGAGAAGGAAAGGCAGGCGAGGCGGCGGCGACAAGUCGAACAAGCCCAAUGGGACAGGUGGCGAGUCUGCCUCAGCCGACAACGACCCCUCAUCAGCCGCCGUGCCCCCUCGUCUAGCAACACGGCGUCAGCAUUUCGGCGGCAAGCUCACGGGUGGAGCUAGCGCCACAUCAGACAUCGCUCAGAACGGAUCCAAGCCAUCACAGAACGGUCGAACAAAAAAGCCCGUGGUCAAAGUCCCAGCCACCGCCGAGCCUGUCGAAUACGCCGACCUGCGCUCUCGUUUGCUCGCCGAGCUCUCCUCGGGAGAGUACGACUGCGUCAUCUGCUACAGCACCGUCACCACACGGCAAGCAACAUGGUCCUGCUCGCAAUGCUACUCUGUGUUGCACUUGCCAUGCGUCCGCAAAUGGGCCGAAAGCAGCGUCAAGAAAGCCGAAGAGCACAACGCCAUGCAAGAGGAUCCCGAGAUUCGCAAUCGUCGUGGCACAUGGCGAUGUCCAGGCUGUCAGUACGCGCGGGAGGAUGUACCCAAGAUCUACUGGUGCUGGUGUGGUCGCACACAAGAUCCACCUGGAGGACGGGGCGCCAGUCCUCACGGCUGUGGUCAGCGAUGCAGCCGCGAUGUCAGGGCAUUUGCCACGUUGCUGGUCGAGAGUGCGCUCCUUGUGCGCAGAUCUGUGGCAAGCCGCGACGACUUUGUCAGCAUCCUUUCCCGCACAAAGUGCGGCGUCUCGAUCCACGCACCCAACAAGGAGAAAACGCUCAAGUGCAAUGACUCGUGCAUGAUCGCGCAGAGGAACGCCAAGCUCGCUGAAGCCCUGGGCCUCAACCCUUCCGAGAAAGCCGCUCCGGCUGCGUACGAGCACGAGACGCUUGCCUACUACGCCGUAACGAGCAACCGCAAGUUUUGCGAUGAGGUUGAGGCGGCUCUGAGCGACUUUAUUCGGUCGCCACGAGCAGGCAUGAUCCUGCCACCGGCCAACAAGUUCCAGCGCAAGUUCACACACGAGCUCGCAGCCGUCUACAAGCUGGCAAGCGAGAGUGUGGAUGCAGAGCCCCGACGCAGUGUCAGCAUUCGACGCAAGCAGGACAGCCGCAUUCCCAAGCCGUUGCUUACCGAGGCCUUCGCUGCCGCGCGAGCAUCGCUUAUGGCUUCGCAACAGCAGCAACAGCCGACGCAGGGCAAGCCGAUCGGUCUCGCCCAGCUGCAACGUCCGAGCGCAGAAGCGCCGAAGCCGCUCAACGCCAUCUUCCUGCCUGGCGUCUUUGGCCAUGAUCAAGACUCGCUGCGAUCGCUCCUGCAGCCCGUGCUUCGCACCAUCAAUUUUGCCGUCACGUGGAAAGGAGACGAAGAUGUGAUCAUCACGUCAUCCGACUCGCCGACGCGACUGAUCAUGAUGAAGACGGAGCUCAAGUCGCUCGUACGCAGCGAGCAGUUUGCACGCGACGUCAUCCUGUGCACGGUUGACGCGAGCAAGAACGUGGUGCGCAGGGAAGACGAGCCGAUCCUCAAUGGAAGCGGCCGCACCGGUGGCGCCACAGGUGCUGCGUGGGGCUCAGCCAUGAAACGAGGAGGAGCCGCUUCGAGCGGACACGGCUCGGCAGGUGUCGCCAAGGCAAGCUUGGGUCUGGUGGGAGAUCGAGGUUGGGCUGCGGUGGCUUCGGGGUCUGGACGUAACUCGCCCGCUCUCACUAGCGAACCUGUGUGGGGUCAACCAAUGGUGACCCAGCCCAGUAGCAGCCGAGCAACGACGGGCCCGAUCGCUGGAAUCGUUCCCAAUCCGAACGCUCCUCGACGUGCUGCUGCCGAAGGCCAAACCCACGCUGCUGUUGCGAGCUCUGCACCCGCUGCAGAGCCCUUCAACACAACCGAAGCUAAAGGACCGGUCCCCGAAAGCUGGGAAGACGAGAACUAG